AUGCACGGGAGGAAUGUCUGCGGGGGACAGUGCUGCCCGGGAUGGACGACGUCCAAUAGCACCAGUCACUGUAUCAAACCCGUGUGCCAGCCGCCGUGCCAGAACAGGGGCUCCUGCAGCCGACCCCAGCUCUGCGUCUGCCGCUCAGGCUUCCGUGGAGCCCGCUGUGAGGAAGUCAUCCCUGAGGAGGAGUUCGAUCCCCACAACCCCCGGCCAGCACCCCGACGCUCUGCGGAGGGCUCCUCGCCCCUACGCAGGAGCAGUUCCACCAGAGAAGGCACCGCGGCCAGGGCACAGCCCCUGGCGCCACAGCUGUCCCUGGCCAGGACCCUGAGUGGGCUCAGCCAGAUGCGGCCUUCUCAGCAACAGGUGGGGCUGUCCCGGACCAUCCGGCGUUACCCAGCUGCUGUUGCUGCUGCCACUGGCCAGCUGACUUCCAAUGCCCUACCGGCGGGACCAGCCCCUGGGCAAAGGCAUGGUGCUCAGCAGGCAGCAUAUCUGGGCCACCUGUCGUCCCCCUGGGGGCUGAACCUCACUGAGAAAAUCAAGAAGAUCAAGAUCAUCUUCACCCCCACCAUCUGCAAGCAGACCUGUGCCCGAGGGCACUGCACCAACAGCUGUGAGCGUGGCAACACCACCACCCUGUACAGCCAGGGCGGCCAUGGACAUGACCCCAAAUCCGGCUUCCGCAUCUAUUUCUGCCAGAUACCCUGCAUGAGUGGAGGCCGCUGCAUUGGCAGGGAUGAGUGCUGGUGCCCGACCAACUCCACUGGCAAGUUCUGCCACCUGCCUGCCCCAAGGCUGGACAGGAAGCCCCCAGAGGAGGGUUCGCAACACGGGGCCCUGCUGGAAAGCCCCCUGAAGCAGUCCACCUUCACAUUGCCUCUCUCCAACCAGCUCGACUUCGUGAACCCCUCUCUGGUGAACGUGCACAUCCGACACCCGCCGGAGGCCUCCGUGCAGAUCCAUCAGGUGGCAAGGGUGCGGGCUGAAGCCCCCGAGGAGAACAGCGUGGAGGCCAGACGCUUGGCCCCGCUCCCCACCAGCCCGGGCCACGGCCACUGGGACAGCAACAGCAUCCCCACGCGCUCCGGAGGGCCCCCUCGGCUGCUGCCCCGACUGCCCCCUGCAGCACCCAGGCCUCGGGAACUGCUGGGCCGGUGUUACCUGAGUGCCGUGAGUGGGCAGUGUGCCAACCCCCUGCUGGAGCUGACGGCCCAAGAGGAUUGCUGUGGCAGCAUCGGAGCCUUCUGGGGGGUGACCUCGUGUUCCCCGUGCCCGCCCAGACCAGCCUCCCCAGUGAUUGAAAAUGGCCAGGUGGAGUGUCCCCAGGGCUACAAGAGACUGAAUCUCACUCACUGCCAAGAUAUCAACGAAUGCACGGUCCUGGGCCUCUGCAAGGACUCGGAGUGCGUCAACACCCGGGGCAGCUACCUGUGCACUUGCAGGCCCGGCCUCAUGCUGGACCCGUCUCGGAGCCGCUGUGUGUCGGAUAAGGCCGUCUCCAUGCAGCAGGGGCUGUGCUACCGGUCGCUGGGACCAGGGGCCUGCACCCUGCCUCUGGCCCAGCGUAUCACCAAGCAGAUAUGCUGCUGCAGCCGCGUGGGCAAAGCCUGGGGCACCGAGUGCGAGAAAUGCCCCCUGCCUGGCACAGAGGCCUUCAGGGAGAUCUGCCCAGCCGGCCACGGCUACACGUAUGCGAGCUCAGACAUCCGCCUGUCCAUGAGGAAAGCCGAGGCGGGGGAACUGGCCAGGCCCUCCAGGGAGCAAGCGCACAAGAGCAAUUGGACGCUGUCUGGGCCAGCCGAGAGGCAGCCGCUCCGGGCAGCCACGGGCACCUGGCUUGAGGCUGAGACCCCCACUGACAAGGGUGGCUCUCCGGCUGUCCAGGUCACCACCAGUGCUGCCCACACACCUCCCAGGGUCGUAGAUGUCCUGGGAGGACCCACGCCACGCCCCAUCCCUGGACAGGUGAUUCAGGAGACCUGGGAAGAAGAGCAAGUGACCUCCCCCACGGACCUCCUCGUGACGCUGGGCUCCCCAGGCAUUGAUAGGUGUGCUGCCGGAGCCGCCAACAUCUGUGGGCCUGGAACCUGCGUGAACCUCCCAGAUGGAUACAGAUGUGUCUGUAGCCCCGGCUACCGGCUACACCCCAGCCAGGCCUACUGCACCGAUGACAACGAGUGCCCGAGGGACCCCUGUGCAGGGAGAGGCCGCUGUGUCAACCGUGUGGGCUCCUAUUCCUGCUUCUGCUACACUGGCUACCUGCUGGCCACUUCGGGGUCCGGGCAGGAGUGCCGGGACAUAGACGAGUGUGAGCAGCCUGGCGUGUGCACCGGGGGGCGGUGCACCAACACAGAGGGCUCAUACCACUGCGAGUGCGGCCAGGGUUACAUCAUGGUCAGAAGGGGACACUGCCAAGAUAUCAACGAAUGCCGUCAUCCUGGUACCUGCCCUCAUGGGAGAUGCGUCAAUACCCCGGGCUCCUACACUUGUCUGGCUUGUGAGGAAGGCUACCGGGGCCAGAGUGGGAGCUGUGUAGAUGUAAAUGAGUGCCUGACCCCCGGGGUCUGUGCCCACGGAGCGUGCCUCAACCUGAACGGCUCCUUCCGGUGCUCCUGUGAGCCAGGUUACGAGAGUACCUCAGAUGAGAAGGGGUGCCAAGAUGUCGAUGAGUGUGCCCGCCGGACCGCAUGCCCCACCGGCCUUUGCCUCAACACACAGGGCUCCUUCGCCUGCUCGGCCUGUGAGAGCGGGUACUGGGUCAAUGGGGCCGGCACAGCCUGCGAAGACCUGGAUGAAUGUGCCUUUCCGGGAGUCUGCCCCUCGGGGAUCUGCACCAACACUGUCGGCUCCUUCUUCUGUGAGGGUUGUAAAGCUGGCUACCGGCCCAGCCCCCUGGGCCACACCUGUGAAGAUGUGGACGAGUGUGCAGACCCUCAGAGCAGCUGCCAGGGAGGAGAAUGCAGGAACAUGGCAGGCUCCUACCAGUGUCUGUGUCCCCGGGGCUUCCAGCUGACCAACGGCUCGCUGUGUGAGGACCUGAACGAGUGUGCCGGGGAGGAGUACUGCGCCCCACACGGCGAGUGUCUCAACAGCCACGGGUCCUUCUUCUGCCUCUGCGCUCCGGGCUUUGUCAGCUCAGCAGGGGGCACCCGCUGCCUGGACGUGGACGAGUGUGCGGCCGCAGACCUGUGUCUGGGAGGCCACUGUGUCAACACGGAAGGAUCCUUCCGCUGCCUGUGUGAGGCCGGCUUCCAGCUCGACCCAGAGAGCGGGCAGUGUGAGGAUGUUGACGAGUGUGAGGGCUACGGAGACUCUGUGUGUGGCGCCUGGAAGUGUGAGAACAGCCCCGGCUCCUUCCGCUGUGUCCUGAGCUGCCAGCCUGGCUUCCACGGGACGCCCUCUGGGGACUGCAUUGACAUAGACGAGUGUGCCAACGACACGGUGUGUGGGAGCCACGGCUUCUGCGACAACGCGGAGGGCUCCUUCCGCUGCCUCUGCGACCGGGGCUUCGAGACCUCGCCUUCUGGCUGGGAGUGUGUUGACGUCAACGAGUGCGAGCUCAUGCUGGCCGUGUGCGGGGCUGCGUUCUGUGAGAACGUGGAGGGCUCCUUCCUCUGCCUCUGUGCCAGCGACCUGGAGGAGUAUGACGCUCAGGAGGGGCGCUGCCGUCCUCGGGUGGCCGGAGGUCAGAGUAUCCCUGAGGCCCCAGUGGUGGACCAUCCCCCGGGCCCUGUGCGCAUGGAAUGCUAUGCUGCUGGGCAGAGGGGGCAGCUGCCCUGCUCCAGCCUGCUGGGCCGGAACACCACGCAGGCCGAGUGCUGCUGCACCCAGGGUACCAGCUGGGGAGACUCCUGUGAGCCCUGCCCGUCUGAGGACUCGGUGGGAUUCAGUGAGAUCUGUCCCAGUGGUAAAGGCUACAUCCCCGUGGAAGGAGCCUGGAUGUUUGGACAGACCACAUACACAGAUGCCGACGAGUGCGUGAUGUUCGGGCCAGACCUCUGCCAGCACGGCCAGUGCCUCAACACAGUGCCCGGCUACCUGUGCCUGUGCGAUCCCGGCUACCGCUACAAGGCCGCCAGCAAGACGUGUGAGGAUCACGAUGAAUGCCAAGCCUUGGCCUGUGAGGACGGCGAGUGUGUCAACACAGAUGGCUCCUUCCACUGCUUCUGUAGCCCCCCGCUGGUCCUGGACCCAAGCCGGCAGCGCUGCGUGAACGGCACCGACAGCCUGGAUGACCUCCCGGAUCACGACAUCCACAUGGACAUCUGCUGGAAGAAAGCCACCAAUUACGUGUGCAGCCAGCCCCUGCGCGGGCACCGCACCACCUACACAGAAUGCUGCUGCCAGGACGGCGAGGCUUGGAGCCAGCAGUGUGCCCUGUGCCCUCCUAGGAGCUCAGAGGUCUAUGCCCAGCUGUGCAACGUGGCCCGGAUCGAGGCGGAGCGGGAGGCCGGGGUCCACUUCCGGCCAGGCUAUGAGUACAGCCCUGGGCCUGACGACCUACACUAUAGCUUCUAUGGCCCGGAUGGGGCCCCCUUCUACAACUACCUGAGCCCUGAGGACAACGGCCCUGAGCCACCCUUCCCCAACAUGGCCAUCGACCCAGGGGAGCACACGCCUGUCCUUGAGGCGCCCCUGCAGCCUCCAGAGGCCCCGCCCCGCUAUGUGGCCAGCCAGCCAGGUGUGUGCUGCAGUAAACAUACUAGAAGAGGUGCUAGACUAGCCUCUCAGGCCCCGGCUUCCUUCUCUCUCUCUGACUGCCUUCUGCCAGAACACCAGGCCGGCUUUGAGGGGCUUCAGGCAGAGGAGUGCGGCAUCCUGAACGGCUGUGAGAACGGCCGCUGUGUGCGCGUGCGCGAGGGCUACACCUGCGACUGCUUCGAGGGCUUCCAGCUGGACACAGCCCACCUGGCCUGUGUGGAUGUGAAUGAAUGUGAGGACUUGAAUGGGCCGGCUGCGCUCUGUGCCCAUGGUCACUGUGAGAACACAGAGGGCUCCUAUCGCUGCCACUGCUCCCCAGGCUAUGUGGCCAAGGCCGAUCCCCCCCACUGUGCUGCCGAGGAGGAGCAGUGACAGCUACCUGCAAGGGGCUCCCAGCCACUGCGGGAGCCUGGAGGAUGCCAGCUGGGGAGAUGCCAUGCCGUCACUGGCAGGAGGCCCGGGCCCAGCCCCUGGUUAGCCUUGCCCACUUGACAUCUCAGCUUAGGCUUUGGCGGUGGACUCCCGCCACUGCCUUUGUGCCGCCAUGUCCUUGCGUGGUACAGACACCACCAAAUGCUUCCAUGCUUCAGCCUUUGGCCCGGAGGCCUGGUCUACCACCUGUCCCAGCCUCGCUAUGGAAAGCUUACCCAAGGAUGGCCUUCGGCUACCCGUGCUAGCUGUCCACAUGGGUCCAGCCUUUUUGCCUCACCCUGCAGGCACCCCCUUUCCAAACACGGCCCACCUCUCAUCCCAGUGAUUCCACACCUUCCCUGGGAUGGCCUUUCAGACUCUGGGGAGCAAGGAUGGGCUGGAGGGAGUUUGGGAAGUGACCAGCACCAGGUACCUCCCAAGAACCAUCACUGCCCUCCAGCCAGUCUAGCCGGGACCCUGCUUUUUGCCACAUCUCCAUUCUGUAUCUAGUUCGGUGACCCCUGGGAGUGGCAGAGUGUAUCCCCCGUCUCAGAGAAGUGAGACUGAUACGAGCUUUCUGGGUGUAAAAGACACAAAGGAAAACAAGCCAGGAGCCCAGGGAGCGGCAAGAAGGCAGCUUGCAAAGUACUGGGUGCCAGCGAGGGAGCCAGAGCUUUCUAUAAGGCGCAAGAAAAUAUCCAGUAGCUUUGGGUCAAUGGACAUCCAAAAGCGACUGGGCACGCAAGGGUGCCCUGCUGCAAGACAGGGUGCUGAUCUCCAAAGACCCGUGUUAAGAAUGCAGCCCUGACAGGACCCUUGAGUUCCCCUUUGGGAAGAACCAGCUCAGGGCCUGUGUUCUAGCUGGAAGAACGCAAUGCAGUCAGGGGCAGCCAGACUCCCAUUGUCAUCUUUCCUUCUACUCAGAAGCCCCUACCUUCUUUACCUUCAUGGGACGGACGGUGGCGUCCUGUCCCUCUGCGUUAACAGGGAGAGCCCCAGCUUCAAAGGAGGGUGGCUGGGAGCUGAGAGCCGUGGCGGUAAAGAAAUGCACAUUUGGGCUCAUUUGUUCAUGUGUUUAUUUCAGAGGAGGCCAAAUUUGUGUACCGUAUCAGAUACAUCUAAACAUUAGAGAUGAGGCUGUGCUUACUCCCCUUACCGGCUCUGUCCAGUAUCCUGUGGAGUGGGUUCCCUGGGGAUAAAGCCCUUUCCUGCCCCAAGUCAAAGAAAGCUCUGGUGACUGGUAAUGUAAAUGAGAAGGCUCCGCAUGGCCGGAGACAUGGAGAUGAACGACUGCUCCCGCACCAAUCUAUACCGUCCUACC